AUGUGCACGACCGCCGACCCGACUGCUGCUGCCACUGUUCCUCAUGAUAAAGAUGUGGAGCUGCUGCGCAUGAUUCAAAAAGCAAGUCGCCGGCCUGCUAGAGCACGCGAAAAGCGUGUUGCGCCGAAAGAUGAGCCGAUACUGCGAAACAUUCACACAUCUGAAGAGGCCGUUGCCUUUUUCACUGCCAAUGGCGAUUCCACGAGCGUGAAGCAUGUUUUCCUGAAUUAUGCACCAAAGGGGUUAGAUUUUUGCCCCUACAAUUUGGUGGCUACAAAGAAGGGCUCUGAGGAGCCCGAGCACUACAUACUGAGCGCGACAGGAAUUGUGCAUGUGCGGCCUAGCAUGCCGUCGGAGGUGAUGACCCUUGCUGACUGGAUGAAAGAGGCAUCACUGUUCAACAUCCUGCGCAAGAUUCCAUUUUUCAAGAACUUCUUGCUUUACAAAGCAUUUCUUCGUCUGCAAAUGAAGCUGAAGCAGCGCAAGUACGCCGCAACCCGGAGGUUGCUUGUGAAGGACCUACUAGUUGCGAGACCCACGUUUGCCUAUCCAGUGCUGGACUUGGUGAAGUACUCACACGCUAUAUCCGAUGCGAAGCUGAUCGAGUACGAUCCGCAAGGCAAACACGAUUACGUUGUGGACGAUUAUAGUCUCGGGCAAUCGAUUCAGCGGCAGAAGGCUUCCGUGUUUACCAACGGCGUCAUGGAGCACAUGGAGGAGAAGGUGACAAAAUUGGUAGAGGUUCUGCAGCACCGCGCAGACGUCCCCGAUAUUAACACACGAGAGGCACUGGUGCAAUACCUUCUCACGGUUGCCGCCAGUGAAGUGUCUGAUACCCGAGUGAAGCGCAAGGAGAAGUCGAUGCUCGACGCUCGCGAGGACUUGGAGCGGCGAAUGCGUGAACUGAAGCGAAGUCUAGUCGAAUACUCGAAACUGCACGUGUUUAUUCGGCUCAUCGACUUCCUGACGUCUGAGCGGCUCUUCCAGCGUGUGCUAUCCGUUUUCCAGACUUUUCUCAAUCUCGUUCGUGGUCAAGCGCAAAGCGAGGUUCGAAAAGUCGGCUUCCAGGUGCUUCUACGUCCCGAGGAGUCGACCAUCGUUUUUGACCCGAAAGAGUCUGCUUUGCGCGCUCUUUUUGCGGAGCUACUCUCUGGUUGCACAGACACGGCCACUGUGGGGCCCCGCUUAUGCGAACAAAAGCACUUCAAAGCUCUUUUCCCGUCGCCGCCGACGGUGUGGAGCAUUGGUGAUGAGUUGCGGACGAAUGCUAGAGUGAUGUACAUUCAUACAGCGCUGCUUUCGAUUCUGCACAGCGACUACGAAAAAGCUGACAGUCGUCUGGCCACAUACCUUGCAACCGUGCCACACAUUCAGUUCUUGCAAAAAUCGUGGGAGGAGAUCUCUGAAGAGUGCAAACAGGAAGCGAGCGAGGCAACUUUGUCAGCUGUGAGCCUAGCGAAGCUGUACCGCCGACUUCAAGAAGCCCAGGACUCACUUCGUGUGCUCAUCGCCACGUACGUUGGAUGUUUGCUGUGGAUAAAUGCUGCUAGGCUGAAGACGGAGAUCGAGCCGCGCAUGACAAUCCUGCGUGAUGCAAUCAGCGCCUGCUUGCGGAAUACGGCGCGCGACAUGAUCAGAGAGCUGAACGCCUAUUUCAAGUCCAAAACGCAGGCAAUGAACGAGCGCCCGCAGGUGCUGCGCGAAUUCGCCGACUACACUGCAGCAUUCAAUGAAAUAGCUGCAAACGCCAGUGAAACAGACGCGAAGGUUUCACAGGCGGAGGCGCUCUGCGACCUGAUGGACAGGCAGCAGGUCGACUUCAGCAAUGACGACGACAAUCAGCUGCGCGAGCGCACGCUGGGCGGCAGUUCUGCGACGAAGUCUCUGCACAGCCUCUUUGAUGAAGUCCGAAUUCGUGCAGAGCAGUUUAUCGAAGAGGAAAUGCCUGCGCAUGUCGAAACGCUUCAGUCAGAGGUGGCAAACGUAGAGGAGCAGUGCAGUGGUCUCAACGAACUUCUGCUAGGUGAGGAAUUCUCUCUCCUGACCGACCACACGGAACCACUCCUUCAGUACCUGGCUGACAUAAAUGCUAAGCUGGGCGAGGUGGAGAUGAGAGAGGGGCAACUGAGCCGCUUUGCGGCGCUUUUCAACUUACCACCUUUUGACUGGACAUUCGUCAGCGACGUGAAAACGCUCUACCAAGCACGCGAGGAAACGUGGAGUAUGCUAGACUCAUUCAAUAAAAAGACAGAGUACUGGUUCGAAACUCCCGUCAAGGAACUGGACACUAUCGAAAUGGAGGAGCAGGUGAAUCUUAUGAUUCGCCGCGCAGGCUUGGUGAACCGCACGAUGCUGGAGCGCAACUACGAAGAUCAGGUGGCACCGCAUUUGUUGGAGGAGUUGCAAUCUAUCCGCGCCAACAUGCCUGUGAUUCACGAUUGCGGCAACAAGCAUAUGACCGCAGAGCACUGGAAUACCCUGCUGAAGCAAGUCACAGGCACCGCCUACAGCUACCACGAUGACCUGAACCUGAACUCGCUGGAGGAGUGGGACAUCUUUUCCUUCAAAGAGGCACUAGCGGAGCAGUCGGGUCUUGCGACUGGCGAAUGGAAGAUUUCCAACGAUUUGGACUUGAUUCGGCAGCGGUGGGACACGUUGAACUUCAUGACGAAGCCGUACAAGGACCGCGACGGUGUAUUCAUUUUGGAUGACUUGGAGGAAGUGAUUCAGCAGUUAGAUGAUCAUCAAAUAGAGCUUCAGACCACGAUGGCAUCGCGGUUUGUUGCAUCUGUGCGACACAAGGUGGAAAAGUGGAUGCGCGAUCUUCGAGUUGUGAGCAAUGUCAUUGAGGAGUGGAUUACACUGCAGAAGAACUGGAUGUACCUGGAAUUCAUCUUUUCCUCUGACGAUAUCAAGGAGCAGCUGCCUGAGGAAAGCGAGAUGUUUGACAGUGUCGAUCGCUUGUUUCGCUCGCUCACGUCAAAGGCGCACAGCCAGAAGAACGUGUUUCAGAUCUGCACCGAGGACGGGGUGUUAGAGGAUUUACAGAGAAAUAAUGCGAGCAUAGACGUCAUUCAGAAAAAAUUGGAGGACUACCUGGAGACGAAGCGCAUCGCUUUCCCACGCUUUUACUUCUUGUCCAACGACGAGCUGCUCUCCAUUUUGUCAGACGUGCGGAAUCCAAAGGCUGUUCAGCCGCACUUGUCCAAAUGCUUUGACUCCAUUGCGUCGCUGCUCUUCUCUGACGAGGAGUGCUCCGAGAUUGUCGGGAUGGUCUCGGGGGAGGGCGAGCAGGUGCCCUUCGAGACGCCUGUGUACCCUAUCGGCAACGUGGAGCAGUGGCUCAGCGACAUUGAGCGUGUGAUGAAGACGUCGCUCCUCUCGCACAUGCACCGCACCAUCGAAACGGCGCCCCGGCGCAAGCGGGAGGAGUGGAUCUUCCAGCACCCAGCGCAGUGCAUUCAGGCUGUGGACAUGAUUCUCUGGACGGGUCAAGUGGAGGCGGCUAUCGACAGCGCAUCGCUUCAGCCUUUCUACAACGAUUACCACGGCCAAAUUCUCUGCAUGGUCGAGCUGACGCGUCAAUCCUUGUCGAAGCUGCAGCGUAUGCUUGUCGGCACUCUGAUUGUCCUGAAUGUGCACAACCGCGACAUCGUGCACAACCUGAGCCACGAGAGCGUGGCGAGUGUGGACGACUUUGCAUGGUAUCAGCAGCUGCGUUACUACUGGGAGCCGGACCCGCGCCAGGCGCAAAGCGGCGGCAACAACGUCGCAAUCCACCACUGCAACGCGCAUCUUUGGUACGGCUACGAGUACCUCGGCAACCAGCCACGUCUCGUCAUCACCCCACUCACCGAUCGUGCCUUUUUGACCUGCACCAAUGCACUCGCGAUGAACCUCGGCGCGGCCCCGCAGGGUCCCGCAGGUACUGGAAAGACAGAAUCCGUGAAAGAUCUCGGCAAGGCGCUGGCGAGGCAGGUUGUCGUCUUCAACUGCUCCGACGGCAUUCACUAUAAGACGAUGUCGCGCAUGUUUGCCGGCUUGGCCCAGGCUGGUGCCUGGGCCUGCUUCGACGAGUUCAAUCGUAUUGAGCUGGAGGUGCUCUCCGUGAUUGCGCAGCAAAUGCUCGACAUCGUUCUGGCACUGGAUCAGCGGUUAGAGCGGAUGGACUUUGACGGGCACCCGAUCCGCCUCAGCCCCAACUUUGGUGUCUUCGUCACCAUGAACCCCGGCUACGCCGGCCGCACGGAGCUGCCCGACAACCUCAAGGCACUCUUCCGACCGAUUUGCAUGAUGAUCCCAGACUACGCCUUGAUCGCGGAGAUCAUGUUCUACUCCGAAGGCUUCGCAAACGCGCGGACACUGGCGCAGAAGAUGGUGCAGUUGUACAAGCUCAGCUCCGAGCAGCUGUCGAAGCAGGACCACUACGAUUUUGGUAUGCGCGCCGUCAAGUCCAUCUUGGUCAUGGCCGGCUCGCUGAAGCGGCAGAGCCCGAACGAGAGCGAGGACAUGCUCCUGAUCCGGGCGAUGCGGGACGCGAAUGUGCCUAAGUUCCUUCGCGACGAUACGACUCUUUUCAUGGCGCUCCUCAAGGACCUGUUCCCGACUGUCGUGGUGGAGGAGAACUCGAACACGCUGCUGCUCGACUAUAUCCACCGCCAGCUCACGGCGGACGGACGGCAAGUGGUGGAGGGUCUUGUAACGAAGGCGAUGCAGCUGUACGACACACUUGCCGUGCGGCACGGCGUGAUGUUAGUGGGGCAGACCUUCAGCGGCAAGUCCACCGUGCUGCACACUGUUAAGCAGGCGCUCACGCACAUCAAGCAGGACGGCCACGACGCCGAGGGCAAUGUACCGCUCUUCAACCCUGUGCACAUCCACCUGCUGAAUCCCAAGUCCGUCUCCAUGGGCGAACUGUACGGGCAGGUGAACGAGAUUACGCGCGAGUGGACGGAUGGUAUUCUGAGCAACAUCGCCCGCGGCAUUACCCGAGCGGCCCUGACGAAGCUUGACCGGGAGUGGGUUGUGUUCGACGGCCCCGUCGACGCUGUCUGGAUCGAGAAUAUGAAUACGGUCCUCGAUGACAACAAGCUGCUCUGCCUCUUCAACGGCGAGCGCAUCAAGCUGCCGGCGACGGCCACGUUCAUAUUCGAGGUGCAAGACCUGCGCGUGGCCUCGCCGGCCACCGUAUCCCGUUGCGGCAUGGUUUACAUGGAGCCGUACUAUAUGGAUGGCAACCGGGGCUGGGUGCCCAUCGCCCGCAGCCUCAUCGAGGCAAAGGCAAAGAAAGAUACUCGUCUGCACGUUGACCGCCUGCUGGAGCUGCUGGACAGGCUGCUGCCCGACACGCUAGAUUUUGUGCGCACCAACUGCCGUGAGUGGAUCCCGUCCGCCGACGCACAGCUGGCUGUGAACUGCGUGGAGCUUCUGCAGGGCUUCCUAGCUACCUCCGAGGACGCCGCGGUGUGGCCGCGCGAGGCGAUCACCCCAGCCGAGACCCUGGAAGCAGACGACGAAGAUGGCAGCUGGGUGCCGCACGGGGGCACAGACACCUACGCGGCUGCAAAGCGAAGCUCUUCAGUGACGGCAGCCAUGUCUAUACCGAGCACACCGGCAGAGUUUGCGCGGCCGGCGAUCACCAACACCACGGCGGCGACGCUGGACGAGCGCCGGCUCUUCGACAUGUACUUCCUGAUGGCCUUUGUGUGGGCCAUUGGCGGAAACCUGCGCGACGACGCGCGCGACGUUUUCAGUGCGUUCCUGCGUGACAAGGUGGAGGCGGUGCUGCCGGGCUUGCUGCGCCUCUCCUCCUCCAGCGCUGCAGCCGAGUCGGAAGGGACGCAUCAGAGAGUCAGCCUGUACGACUACGUGGUGCACCGCCCGUCAAUGCAGUUCAUUACGUGGAACCACCUCGUCCCGACGUUCCUGUACAACCGUCGCAGCUCAUACUUCGAUCUGGUGGUCCCAACCGCUGAAGGGGUAGCGCUCAGUACUCUGUUGAGCGUGCUGACGGCGUCCUCGCAGCACGUCCUCGUCAACGGCGUGACUGGCACCGGCAAAUCGCUUGGGGUUACAAGCUUCCUUGCAAGUGCUCUGAACACGGACGAUCCGGCAAGCGUAUGGGAGUCGUUCAGUAUGGUGUUUUCCGCGCAGACGCGCGGAAAAGACAUUGAGGAUCGUCUGGAAAACAAGCUGCACAAGAUCCGCAGCACGGCCCUCGGCCCUACGCCAGGCAAGCGUGCCAUCCUGUUCGUGGACGAUAUCAACAUGCCGACCCCGGAGAUCUACGGUGCCUCGCCGCCGCUGGAGCUGCUCCGACAGCUCAUCUCACAGGGUGGUUUCUAUGACACGCACAAAAACCCGGCCUUCUUCAAGGAACUGCACGACGUGCUGGUGCUCGCGGCGUGCGGUGUGCCGGGCGGCGGCCGCAGCGAAAUGACGCAGCGCCUCACCUCGCGCUUCCACCUGAUUUGCCAGCCGGCACUGUCCGAGUCGUCGACGCGGCGCAUUUUCGGCUCGCUUCUGCACGGCUUCCUGCACCAAUGGGAAUCGGCCGAGAUUCGGGCCCUGUCGACGAAGCUCGUGGCCGCCACCUUGGCGUGCUAUGAGCGCAUCACUCAGGAGAAGCUGCCGAUGCCGACGCGUUCGCACUACACGUUCAACCUGCGAGAUCUUGGCAAGGUCAUCCAGGGUAUCAUGCAAACCUCGCCACGUGUGACAUCUUCGCCGGAGGCUUUCCACCGCCUCUUCCUGCACGAAGUCUCGCGCACUUUCCACGAUCGCUUGAUCGACGCUGCGGACCGCGCGUGGUGGUGGUCGACGCUGUCGGAGGUGUGCAGUAGCGUGCUGCAGCACCCCUGGAAUCCGGUUUACGAGGAGCUCAUCUUUGGCGAUUUCAUGCGCCGCGAUCGCGCGCACUACGAGGAGAUCACCGAAACGACGGACGCGAUCGGACGCGGGCUGACGGAGUACCAGAACGGCUUCAACAUGGAGUACAACAAGGAGGUUGAGCUGGUUUUCUUUAAAGAUGCUGUGCAGCAUGUAGCGCGUCUGUGCCGUGUGCUCCGCCAGCCGCGCGGCCACGCAGUCGUCGUGGGCAUGGGUGGCACCGGCCGCCAGUCGCUCUGCAAGCUCGCCGCCUUCAUCUGCAGCUUACCCAUUUACGAGGUGACCAUCACGCGCACCUUCAGCAUGAAUGAGUUUCACGAUGUCCUCAAGAAGGUGCUGCUCGACAGCGCGCGCCACGACAAACCCGUUCUCUUCUUCCUGUCUGACACCCAGCUCGUGCACGAGGAGAUGCUGGGGGACAUCAACAACCUACUGAACACCGGAGAGGUGCCAAACUUGAUGGAGUCUGAGGAGGUGGAUCAGAUUGUGGAGGCUGUUCGCCCGCACGCCGUUGCGGCCGGAAAGCGUGAAACACGGAGCACAAUCUUCUCCCACUUUGUGAGCAUGUGCCGCGACCAGGUUCAUAUUGUGAUGGCGAUGUCGCCGGUCGGUGAGCAGUUCCGCCGGCGCCUGCGCAUGUUUCCGUCGCUCGUUAACUGCUGCACCAUUGACUGGUUUGACCAGUGGCCGCGCGACGCUCUGGCGUCUGUGGCUGACCGCGUCUUGGCAAACCUCUCCAUGGAGAGGCGCGACAAGUCGCGCCUGAUUGAGUUGUGCGUCGCCAUCCACGUGGAUGUACAGGAGGCAUCGGAGCUGUUCUACAGUGAGCUGCGGCGGCAAACGUACACAACCCCGACAUCGUAUCUGGGACUGCUCACGAGCUACCGCCAGCUGCUGGAGGAGCUGGACAAGUCCGUGGCGGAGCAGGUGGAGCGGUACCAGGGUGGCCUCGACACUCUGCACAGCACACGGACGAUGGUGGAUGCCAUGAAGGUGAAGCUGAUCGAGAUGCAUCCCAGGCUGGUGGAGGCGGCCAAGAGCACGGAAGAGAUCAUGGGCCGGGUUGAGAAGGAACAGGAGUCCGCCGAGUUGGUCCGCAAACAGUGCGCAGAGGAGGAAGAGGGGGCGAGUGAAAUCCAGGCGGAAGCCGAUAGCAUCCGCGGCGAGUGCCAGGCGGAGCUGGACAAGGCCAUGCCGAUUCUGAAAGCCGCCGAGGACGCGCUGGCCGACCUGCGAACCGACGACAUUCGUGAGGUGCGCAGUUUUUUGAAGCCUGCCGUUCGCGUCGUGCUCGUGCUAGAGGCAGUGCUGGUGCUGCUCGGGGAGAAGGACCUCAGUUGGGACAGGGCGAAGCUGGUGAUGAGCCGCAUGGACUUCAUCAAGGAUCUCCAGAACUACAAGCGCGACGACCUCUCUGAGAAGACGAUCAAGGCGAUCCAGAAGUACAUCAACAACCCAGACUUCCAGCCGGAGGAGGUGGCGAAGAGCUCCAAGGCGUGCAAGUCGCUGGCGAUGUGGGUGAUGGCGAUGAACAACUACUACGAGGUGGUGAAGGUCGUUGCACCGAAGCGGGCGCGGUUGGCGGAGGCGGAAGGCAAGGUCGCCGUAGCCACACAAGCCCUCGAGGCCGCUCGUAGCCGUCUGCGCAGCAUUGAGGACAAGCUGGCCACUCUGCAGGCCGAUAUGGAGGAGAAUGUGCUCAAGAAGCAUCGGCUGGAGGAGGACAUCGACCUGACCACGGUGCGGCUAGAACGAGCAGAGCAGCUGAUGAACGGCCUGGCUUCGGAGCAGUCCCGCUGGGUGCAGGCAGUGGCGAAGCUCGUGGCGGAGAAGGCGGGCCAUCCCGGCACCGUAGCGCUGGCCGCCGGCGCCGUAGCCUACCUAGGGCCCUUUACGGCGCCCUACCGUGAUCGCCUUCUGCGCGCGUGGCACGCUAAGUGUGUGGAGCUUGGGCUGCCCGUCGGCGGCUCGGGCUUUCAGCUGUCCAGCAUCAUGGACCCGGUGCGCAUCCGCACCUGGGCGCAGCAAGGCCUCCCGACUGACCCCUUCAGUGUGGAGAAUGGCGUCAUCGUGAGCAAGUCGCGGCGCUGGUGCCUGUGCAUCGACCCGCAGGGGCAGGCGGUGAGCUGGAUUCGCGCCAUGGAGAAGGAGAACAAUUUGCGGGUGAUAAAACUAACAGAUGCGAACUACAUGCGAACCCUGGAGAACGCCAUCCGCGUUGGGCUGCCGGUACUAAUCGAGAGCGUCGGUGAGUCGCUGGACGCGGCACUUGACCCAGUGCUGCUGCAACAGACGUACCGCUCGCAGGGCAGACUCCUCAUCAAGCUUGGCGACAGCGAGGUGGACUACGACCCGAAGUUCCGGCUCUACAUGACGACCAAGCUGGCGAACCCCUUUUUUCUGCCAGAGCUGCAGAUCAAGGCGACCAUCAUCAACUUCACGGUGACGCAGACGGGGCUGGAGAACCAGCUGCUCGCGGAUGUGGUGCGGGUGGAGAUGGCGGAGCUGGAGCAGCGGGCAGAUCAGACGGUGCUGGACAUUGCGCACGGCAAGGAUGAACUUAAGGCGCUGGAGGACAAGAUCCUGAAGCUGCUGGCUUCGUCGACCGGCAACAUCCUCGACAACGAGCAGCUUGUGAAUACCCUGCAGGAGGCCAAGACGAUGAGCGAGAGCGUGAGCGAUGCGCUGCGAGUGGCGGAGGAGACGCAGCGAGAUAUCGAGGCAGCGCGUGACCGCUACCGCCCCGUUGCGCGGCGCGGCGCCACCGUCUACGCGGUCAUCACAGAGCUCGCUGGCCUGAACCACAUGUACCAAAACUCUCUCGACUUCUUCAAGCAGCUUUUUGUUCUGACGCUUCGUCAAACAGAGAAGCAGGACUCUGUGAACCGGCGCGUGGAAAUCUUGCUGCCGGCUGUGACGCUGCGCUCCUACAACGCCAUCUGCCGCGGACUCUUCAAGGCGGACAAGCUCAUCUUCGCCGCUCUCCUUUACGUGCACGUAGCGCGGCAAGAGGGCACCAUCACUGACGAAGAGUGGUCCUUCCUCCUCAAAGGGAGUGAGGGGAAGCGCUUCGUGGAUGAGGAGAUGGACCCGCCGCCGGUGUGGUUGACGCUGCCGGCGUGGAAUGAGCUGACGGCGCUGGCGGAGACCUUGCGAACCUUUGCUUCACUCAAGGACUCGGUCAUAGACAACGAGACGGAGUGGAGCGAGUGGUACGCCGGGGAGAAAGCCUACGAGUCAUACCCCGCCAGCCUCGGCUCCUACUCACCGUGGCAGCGACUGCUCAUCCUGAAGGUGUUCCGGGAGGAUUUGCUUAACUACGGACUCUCCCGCCUCAUCGAAUGCGAGCUUGGCAAGGCCUUCACGGAGAGCCCCGCUUUCGACCUCGACGGGUGCUACCAGGACAGCACCCCGACAGCGCCGGUGAUCUUUGUGCUGACUCCUGGCACGGACCCAACGCAGCUCUUCACGGAGUUUGCAGAGCGCAAAGGCUUUGGGGCGCGCAAGAUGAUGCUGUCGCUUGGCCAGGAUCAGGGCCGCAAGGCCGAGGAGAUGAUCCGUGUCGCCAGCACCGAGACGGGGGCCUGGGUAUACCUUCAGAACUGCCACGUGUACACGUCGUGGAUGCCGUCGCUGGAGCACAUUUUGGAGGAGCUGACCCACCGCGAGGUGCAGCGCGACUUCCGGCUGUGGCUCACCACGAUGCCGGUGACCUCCUUCCCGGUGCUGCUGCUGCAGUCGGGCGUGAAGGUGGUGAAGGAGCCGCCGCAGGGGCUGAAGGCGAACAUGCGCGACACCUUCGCCGUGGCUGUGACGGAGGAUCUGUGGAACAGCUGCCCCGGCAACCCGACGACGUGGCGCCGCAUGCUUCUCUCGCUGGCAUUUUUCCACGCCGUCAUCCAGGAGCGCCGCCGCUUCGGCCCGCUUGGGUGGAACAUCCCGUACGAGUGGAAUCAGCCGGACCUCUCGGCGAGUCUGCAGUCGCUGCAGACGUACUUGAAGGACGAGGACGAGGCCGUGCCGUGGGGUGCACUGCGCUACAUGGUCGGGGUCAUCAACUACGGUGGCCGUGUGACGGACUUUUUAGACAGCCGUUGCUUAUCCACUAUCCUUGUGAAGUUCUUCAACGACGACGUUGUCGCGCCGAACACGCAGUUCAACGUCUCGCCGGAUGGCAUCUACCACAUCCCAGAGGAUGUGUCGUCGCUCGCCAGCAUCUGUGCGUACCUGAAUGACCUGCCAACCUUCGAGAGUCCUCAGCUGUUCGGGCUUCACGCAAACGCGGAUAUAACCUUUAACAGGAACACAGUGCGGCGCCAACUCGCCGCCAUCUUAUCUGUGCAGCCGCGCACAAAGGCUGCGGCGGGCCGCAGCCCGGAGGACAAGGUGUUAGAGAUGGUGAAUGAGUUUCAGCGGCGGCUGCCCGCGGCUAUCGACAAGACGCACGCGCACCCAGACACGUACCGGCUCACCGAGGCAGGCACGAUGAUUUCGCUGGGCACCGUGGCAAGCCAGGAGAUCCUCUUCUUCAACGGCGUGCUCGAAAAGCUGGAGCGAACGCUGCACCUGCUGCGACGGGCAAUCAAAGGUGAGGUGGUCAUGUCUGCGGAGCUCGAGGCCAUGUUCGAUGCGAUGCUGCUCGGACAGGUGCCUAAGCUGUGGCAAGAUGGCGGCUACCUCUCGCGAAAACCGCUUGCCUCCUGGUAUGAGGACACGCUAAAGCGUAUCGAGUUCUUCCGCGACUGGAACGACAACGGACUGCCGACCAGCUUCUGGAUCUCCGGCUUCUUCUUUCCGCAAGGGUUUCUCACCGGCGUGCUGCAGACAUACAGCCGUAUGCACCAGGCCCCGAUCGACGAGGUGAAGUUCUGCACCCACGUGACGUGUUACGAGCUGCCGGAGGAUAUCGAGGACAGCGUGGAGAAUGGUGUGUACAUCCACGGCGUCUUUGUCGAGGGCGCUGGCUUCGAUCUAGAUAGCUCUACGCUGGUGGAGAGCAAGCCAGGCGAACUGUACGCGCCUAUGCCGGUCAUCCACCUUGAGCCCGUACGGCUAAGCGAAACGACGGCGACGGCUGAAUCUUAUGCGUGCCCGCUUUACAAGACGUCCGCCCGUGUCGGCACGCUCUCCACAACCGGUCUGUCUACCAACUACGUCGUGACGCUCGACCUCACGUCCGCAGCGGGGGUGGGUCCGAGGCACUGGAUUGAACGAGGUGUGGCGCUGCUGUGUAUGCUGGAUGAUUAA